GUAUAAUUUUCUUAAUGCAUUUUUGAUCUAUAUCAUAUUUUUAUAUGUAUCCUUUUACUACCCUCUGCACCUUCAUAUUUAAGUGUGUGAGUAUGUUUGUGUGGGUUAAUAUUGCCCUUAACACCUGAGUUUUGUUUAUAAAAUAGGUACUUUGAACACGUAGACAGAAGAUCAUAAUUAUAUUCUCGCAACAAAACAAGUUUCCUUCCUCAAAGUGAUACUAUAUAAUUUUCCUUAAAAUAUUUCUUUUGUGAUAUUAAAAUUAGUUUUUUUUUUCCCAAAAAUUAUUAAAAGAAAAUUCGCUUAAGAAAUUAAUAAAAAAAAAAGUAUGCAGAACUUGAUUGUGUCCAAUUUUCAAUACGGCUCUUUUCUUCUUUGUUACAAAAAAAAUACUUUUUGAAUAAAAAAAAACUUCAAUUUUCAAUCAAACCUGACGUCAUUCUGCUUUUUUCUGUUUUUCUACAGAUCGCGCGACAACGACAAAGCGAAUUUUCUUUUAAUUUUUGGGAUCCUCAAUAAAAAUAUAAUUAAAUUACAUAAAAUGUUCUAAAUAACAAUCAAAAAACACCAAGACAAUACAAAAAAACAUUAGCAAUAACCAUCGAAUAUGGCUGACCAACUAUUAAAUUUUAUAAUAACGACAAAAGAACCAUUCGAACCGGCCUUCUCCGAGUGGUUUUUAAAACAAAUUAAAAGCAAUUCCUCUUGUACAUUGGAAGAAUUUGGAUUAUUUUUCCUCAACUUUAUUCGCCAACAAACUGAAGUCUAUACAAAAACUCCUGGAACACCAAAAUGUGUCAGCAGUCCCAUCGGUAAGACGAAUAACACUCCAAGAGAUUCAAGUUCAACACGUACACCGAGGAGAAUAUUCCCAAAUAAUUUACCACAACAACAACUAACUCCUGAUAAUCGUUUUCGAGGUGAUGAUUCCUUGCAACUGAGAUGCACUCCGACUAGAAACACAUCACAUUUCAAUGACACUCUCAAUCAAUCUAACCACAAAGGUUUCACAUCCACUCCUCACAAGAGUUUCAAUAAAUCAAGUGGCGGGAAUACAUCAAAUGAGUUCAACCGCAGCAGCAACAACAGUGGAUUCUGUUUAGGAGACUUCAUUGUAUCCAAUUCCAGGACAAGAAAGAAACAACAACAGCAGAAAGAUUCUUCGGCAAAUAUCUCUGAUGGCAAUAAUUCAGAUCAAAAACCUAAGAACAAGGCUGAGAAGCCAAAAAAGAGAGUUGUUCCAACUCAGGUCAGUAAGACAACAACACCGGCCUCUCACUCCUUCAGCAGUCCAACACUUAGCAGCGAGAACAACAUUCUCAAAAUGUUCAAUGACGCCGAAAUCGUCGACAAAGGUAAAUGUUCUGUGAUGGAAGCUAGAAAAUCUCUCAAGACAAACAUCCUAGAGAUCAGUAAAGAACUCGAGGAAGAAAACCGACCCAACCUCAUCAAUCAGAGUUUGCGCGAAGCUGUUAAGAGAAUGGAAAAGUUGAAUAUGACCAAUGAUGGGGAAACUACUCAGGGAGAAGAACCCAAAAUCGACUUUGAAAAGUUAACACAUCGCAAAAUUUUAGACUGCCUUGCUGAAAUCUACUCAUUUCUAAUCGAUGUCCAUAUCACUGCCAAUGUUUUGAGUGAACUAUCAUAUCUUCUUGGAAUCCUCAAUGCCGACAAUAAUUCAUCCACUCAAAGUCUAACUCCUCAAUUUUCCUCUGACCUGGAAUUUCAUUUAGACGAGAAACUAAAUGUGAUCAAUCGAACAAACAACGAAGCUUAUACCGCCUUGAAAUCACUUACCAAUUGCAUUUAUUUUUCCUUGGAAGUACUUAAACGACAGAGACAUUUGUUGGCUUUGUUGGAUGUUAAAACAUUGAGAGUUGUUUUAAAUAAUGAUCGAAUAAGUGAUCUUGCUGGUGAUCUAAAGGAAUUUCUGGAGAAGAUCAUGUUGGAAAAACAGCAAUUGGAAGUGAAGAAAUCAUCAUAUGAAGCAUCUUUUCGAAUAAGUAAAUCUUUUAAUAAUGUCUUUUAUCAACAAGAAAAUGACACUAGGAAUAACUUUCCAAAUGACAAGGAAUUUAGUAAUUUCAAAUCGCAACGUGAUCAGUUUUAUACGAUUUUCAAAUGUUGGGAUGCAAAUCAUCUCAAUCACAUGUGGAAUUUUCGAACCGAAUUGCUGACAAAAAUACAAAUUCUUUUCAAUACCAGCGAUCAUCCAAUCAAUAUGGCGCAUUUGGCUAAACUAUUUGUCUCACAGUUGUUAGUUUCGUCAAAUUAUAACGAAACAUCACACACAGAUAUUGGAGUGGAGUUAAAGGCUCAUGUGGACUUGCAAAAGUUUAGUAAACUCACACAAAGACUGGUGGAACCGAGUAAUUUCAGUAUUGACUACCAAUUUCCAGCGAAACAGGCGUUUUUCAAGGACUUUAUUCUGGCUUCAUCAUGUGUGGCAUUCAGUGAGCAAGUUAAGAUUGCCUUACUCGUUGAGUUGAUUCAAUUUAAUAGUUCAACCUAUGAAGUCAUCAAUUUGACUUCGAAUGAGAGUACUGACUUUGUGAUGGAAUAUGUUGUUCGACCAGAGGUGCUAUCGACGAUGCAGGUCUUGGCGAAGUUCUUGGGUCUUCUGCAUGCACAACCAUUCCUCUAUCCCCCAUCAAGUGGUUGCUUGAGCAUAGACAAGAAACAAAUCGAGCUGAGGAACAUGGUUCAACCAGGAUUUGAUGUCAUGGGUUUGCUGAAGGUGGCCAUAUCAGAAAAGAAACUACUAAUAACGAUUCCCUGGAUUGUCCAGUACUUGGCUAUGUUGGAUCAUAUUACCUUACAAUUGGAUUACUAUCGAAAUGUGUUACACUUGCUAUAUGAACUCUAUAUCUAUUUAGGAGGCAGAGCGGAUCUUUUACGAAUGCGACCAACCUCGGUGUUUAUUCUGCGAACCUGUUUGGGAUGGUUUUUUGAAGGAACAAAUGUAGCCGAGUCGUAUUACGUUUACAGACAAAAUCGAACUUUAUCCUUCAGUCAACUUAUUGAAAUGAAAGAGAUCUCUGUGCUAGUACCAAAUGCAUUGGUAUCGGAAUUUGCACAUUACGAAGACAAACCAAUGGUUGUGAAAAGUAUCAAAAAGGAAAAUGAAGAAAGUCUUGCACUGGCCUUGGAUCGUUGUGAAAAAGCCGAGGACAUAAAUUACAAUGAGUUUACUGUGGAACGUACUAUUGGUCAAUUUGAUCCAAUGCUCGAGUGCAUCCUGAAUGUAGCUUGUCCAUUUCUAUCUGAAUUUCGUGUAACUAUUAUGCCGCCCAAGUAUUCGAAAUGUGUGUCUCGUAGUGGACGCUAUCGCCAUGUCACACCAAAGAUAUCAGAAAUCACCAGCACUCAGAGUCCGAGUCAUCAGCCAAGCCAGGACAGUCAAAGUAAAUUAAUCGAAGCUUUUCUUCACUCUCAAAAUUUAUCCGUCCGUCGAAUUAUCGAAUUUGUUAUUGAGCGUACAACUUCGGCAGUUAUCAAAGACGCUCAGAUAGAAAUACUCCUGCCAUCAAAGAAUGAAGCUAACAAAAAGGUCCAAACUGUGAGUUCAACUGAUAUAUUGAAAGUAAAAAAAGAGAUUUUGGAAAUCUAUUCGCAAGCAAAUGAUGCAGCAAUGUUGAGAUGGAAUGAUGAGCUUCCAAGUAUGGUAGAAUCUCGAGUAAAAAUGGCAUUGGAAGCCCUGUUGCCUCAUGAAACUCCUGAAGUUGUGAAAAAGACCUGUCUAUCUCUAAUUCUUCAAAAAUGUCAAUUAAAGAUCAAUGAUUGGAGAACGACCAAUCUUAAGAAUAUUGAUUUCUACAUAAAAGGGAUUGAUGUAACAGUUGAUAAAAUUGUUAAGGCAAAUAUGCUACUGCAGAAGCCAUUAUCAACGAAUCUUGAUAUAACUGUUAGUACACCUUGUUUGUCUGAUAUUCUAGAAGAUUUACAAUUCUGGAUGCAUGCUUCAUCACGACGUCCCGAGCUCGUCGAAGAGGGUAAAAUUAAGAUGUUCCUUGUUGACUUGCAAAAAAUUUUCGAUAACGUCCUACCUCAGUCAUUUUAUCGAAUAAUCGGAUCUUCGGUAGUCAAUUUAAUACAAAAUCUUAUAGAGAAUCAUAGUCAUAUAGUAUCCGAGGAUUUGCUUAAAAUCUUAACUACCAUUUGGACGGUUGAAGGAAUGCAUACAUUUACACAAUGGCAUUCUACUACAACGAAGAAAAGAAUUGAUUCGAAACAAAGUAGCGAAGAAGAAGAUACAACAUCAGAAAAGCAAGAAACACCAAUUUCGCCAAAUUUAUUCUCAUCUCUCAUUACAAUCUCAUUUAUUCGAUCACUCAAGGCUGACGAAUCAUUUGACAAACUAGAACUGUUGCUCUUGGAGCUAAUUGAGAACAACGUUAUUACCAUAGAUCAUUUGAAUGAGUUGUUUGUUCGUAUAUUUAAAGUUGAAUGGAAUGAAAAAAUUCUAAGUAGAAUAUCUGCCUUGCUACAAACGGUAUCUGGGAGAAGAAAUAAAAAACUCAAAGAAGACGAUGGACGUUCGAAUUUGUUUAUGGAAGCUUUGGCUGAUUUUUCCAGAGACAUAGACUCUUUUUAGUAAAUAAGAUUAUUUUUUUUUGUUUUUGCCUUGGGUUUAAUUAAAUUGUAGUUAAAAAAAUUUGUUACACAAACUGUUAACAAUAAAACAAUUAGUGUAUGUUUGAAAGUUGAUUAAAUGUUUUUGUAUAAAAGAAAUGAUGCGUGGUUUUUGUUUUUAUUUACAUGUGUUUAAUUUUCAGAAAUUGAAGUGUGUAUGGCAGUUUUAUGAUUUAGGUACGAGAUGUAAAACAGAGACUAUUAUUUAAUUUCUUUAGUCACAAAACAACAGAAAACUGCUGAAAUAGUCAAAGUUUUAUACGGUUAAUACGGAGGUUGCAGCUUAGCAAAUAAAAUCAACAGGUGUUUAAACUGUACAUAUUACACUACACUGGCAUGUUAGUUUUGAGCUAUUUUAAUAUCAAAGAUUUAGUAAAGCAAAGGGUUGGCGAACACAAAAGCUUUCAUAAGAGCAAAUGUAUAAAUAAACCAUAGAGUAGUUAAACGAUCUUAUUGUUUAAUAAAUCUCCAGCUCAUAGUUAAACAAGAGAAAAUAAUUAGUGUAUAAAGGAAUGUAGAACAGUGCUAAUCGCAAACAUUUUUAUAAUCUCAGAAAAAUAAAAUUUCAGUUAUGUUUGUUUUUAUGUAUGUAUUUCAAUUUCCAUCGACAAAUGGCGUUUUGACGUUUUAUUUGUUCUGUAUUUUUUUUAACUCAGAAACAUGUUCACUUUGAGUUAUCGUGAACUUAUCGUUGUCCCUAGCGAAAAGAAUUUGAAAUAAGUCGCACUCUGUUGCUCUUGUCUUCCGGAUCACAUUACAAACGUUUAACUUUAGACAAAAAAAAGAAAAAUGAGAAAUAAGCUCAAACAUCCAUUCUUUUUCGUGGCUACAGCCAGUCACUGAACGAUUUGCUUCACCCUUGAAAAUUAAAGGUUAUGCUUGAUUUCUUAGAGGAGGCAGGAGGUUAUUUGAAAUUGAGUUUUCAAAAAUGGAUGUGAAGAACUUGACUAUGUAUUAUGUACUGUAGUUAAAAAGAUUAAAAUUUAAAAAUAAAAAUAAAUG